UUCUUGUUGUUCAAGUGUCCAAAGGCAAAGGCUGAAGUACAUUCUACAUUUAUACUCUCGCUCUUUCAAAGAGGUGGAAAGGGAGAGUUUCGUUUAAACCCAACUCAAAAACUUUUCUCGAUUUCCUCGAAAAUUCUGAAAAUUUUUUGGUGGGCAAAUCUGAAGAAAAUAGGAGAAGACCGGAAAAGCUUAUUUUUCAUGGUUCCGAGUCUAAUUUGUUCGUCAAGAAGAACUGACGAGUGAGCUGAUCACAUACUGAAUACGUCAGCUAUCAGACAAAUGGAUCAGAAUACUACUGUUGAGGAGAUGGAGGGUUUAAGAGAUGGUCUCGAGUUGGUGAGAUCAGUUUCCGAUAAGCACUUUGAUCUUUUAAGGCCGUCAGCUCGAUAUCAUUCAGUUGUUAAAGGGCAUUCCACUGAUGUUGCAGAUCAUGCAAAAGGGAAGUAUACCCUUAUUAGGGAUACAGAAAGCUGUCAACUGGGGAUGUAUGACAAACCCCUUCCUUGCUUUGGCUGUGGGAUAGGAUGGUUUUGUCUAUUACUAGGUUUUGUGUUCCCAUGCAUGUGGUACUAUGCUACAAUUCUCUAUUUUGGAAACUACUACCGCAAAGAUCCAAGGGAGCGGGCAGGUCUUGCUGCUUCCGCAAUUGCUGCAUUGAUAUGCUCGGUUGUGUUGCUGAUCAUUGUCGCAGUUCUUAUUUUCUAACUAUGUUCAGUUCCACCACCUUGUAAUAUUCAUGAAGAAAAGGUCCAGGACGUCUUCGCUGUAAUCUUAGUGGAUAAACUGAAGAGUGCAAGAUCACUGAUGUGGCGAAGUGAUUCCAGAAAUCUGGAAAACUGCACCUUUGUGCUAUAAUACUCGAAUUGUAUGCGGCUAAAGAAGCCCAAUACCCCAUUUCUUGAAAGUUGUAUUGAUAAUUGAAUGAUAGAGAAAUUGUUUAAAUCCGUAAACCAAUACAGAAUCUUCUGCAUAUCAAUGGUGAUUGGAUUCAUCUGCG